AUGACAGAACAUGAGCUUCACCCUAUUUCCAUUCGAUUAGGCGACCCAAGAAUCACCAAAUGGAACCUAGGCGAUGAGCACGGCCAGGAAGUUCGAUUCUUUGGUUGGCAUGCAAUUAAGACGUCACAGAGCUCUAGUCCGGUUCCUUUCAGUGUUACGUCGGCACAUACAGACAGCUCUCUUUUAUCUCUGUGUGUCCAGGAGGUGUUUGGAUCAUUCAUCACGAGCAUUCUCAAAAUUACGGAUGAUAUCGGUGAUAUCAACAUCCAAGAAACUCCGCAUUUCCGCUUGGAGAAUAGCUUGGUGACUGAGAUAGUAAAGGUAUUCGCCGAAACGCGGUUAGGCUCGAACGAAGAUGCACUAUUGUGUAUCUUGCCUACGAUGGUACCUCGGCUGAGGCUCUCUUUCCUUGAAAACGCCGUAGUAGCAGCAAAGAGAAUGGCAAAUCAGCAUCGAAGGGCCGGCGAGUGGACGCAGGCAGAGACGGUGCUACGAUGGGCAUGGGAAGUUUGCAAGGAGUCUCAACCUCGCACAAGAAAGGAUGACUGCCAAAUAGACCAGCCGGUUCACGUAGACGAUCCCGUCCAACAAGCAGCAAUUGCAUUAGGCGAGCUAUACCGGUGGGCAAUUUGUGAUAACAAGACGAAAGACUUCGGUCUGCAUGGUAUCGCAUGGCUCUCAGAUCAGAAACACAGGCACCAAGUACCAAGCCCCUCAACCCUUGACGAAAUUAUUGAUCGUUACAUUUAUGUUGCAGAAAAAGUUGUCCAGAAGGGAGAUAAC